UGUGUGAGGGGGGAGGCGACUGGAGGGGGAGGCAGGUGCCAUGCUCCAGGGGUGAGGCGGGGGAGAGGGGGACACACACAGGGCUCAGUGGUGGUGGGUGAGGUUGCCGAGGAGAUGAAGUUGAAACAGCGCGUGGUGUUGCUGGUUGCCGUGCUACUCCUGUUAGGGCUGGCCAAACUCUUUCUGCUGGAUGGAGGAGAGGGGUCCGCAGCCAGUCGACGAGACCUCAGAGCCUUCCGCAAGGUACGGCUGUCUUUGUGUGUGUCAAUGUUUAUAUCUGUGUGUGUACUGUACGUGUGUGUGUACUUGUGUCAUUGUGGCUUAGAGAGACACACCCCUAACCAGACAAACCUGACUGACUCCUGGGUCCACAUCCUUGGUUUUAAACCAUCCCUUUACUGACAACAUCAAACCCUGCCUAACCUACUGUCUGUUCUCCCACUCUCUUCUUCAGAAUAGUUAAAGGAUCCAUCCAUCACUCCCUGACCUCCCCCCCCAAUCUCUAUCUUUCUCAUUUUAAUGUUGAAAUCUGUCCCCUCCUGCAGUCAGUCUGUUUUAGGCACUAGUGUGCUGUAUUAAUGUUGAUGUCUGUGUGUUACCAGAUGGAGGCAGACCUAUCUCUCUCACGUGGUGCCCGGCUAACACAGACCCUCCAGUCUCCGUGGGAGGUGGCAAGCCAGUGGGUGGGCCCCAGGGAGGUGUACCCUGAGGAGACCCCUGAGCUGGCAGCCGUCCUCUCCGCGUUGGGCACUGCCCGAGUGGAACGGGCAGAUGUGGGCUACAAGGGCACCCAGCUCAAGGCUCUACUAGUACUGGACGGGGGGCAGAAGGUUGUCUUCAAACCCAAGAGGUGAGAGAGGUAGAACACAUACAUACACUGUCCUCUGGUUCUCUGCUGCUGAGCUGUACUCGUGAAACGUGUGUCCUUGUUUUACUCCAAGUCUGCAUCUAUCUGUGUGUUCAUGUUGUCUGGUUUUGUUGGGUCAGAUUAGGCACAGUUUACUCUGUGGCUUACGUAAGAGGAUAACUCUUUCAAUCACUCCCUCCCUCUCCAUCUCUCUCUCUCUCUCUCUCUCUCUCUCUCUCUCGCCCUCUCUCUUUCCAGGUAUAGUAGAGACUAUGUGGUAGAAGGAGAGCCGUAUGCUGGUUAUGACAGACACAACGCAGAGGUGGCAGCUUUUCACCUGGACAGGUACACACACACACACGUAUCGGCCUAAUGCAUUAAAAUAUAUACAUUUUAGAUUUGGGAUUGGCCAUCUGGAUACUGGUGUUGCUAGUGGUAUGUGACUGUCUGUCCUGUGUAUCUAUCUGCUGUAGGAUCCUGGGUUUCAGGAGAGCACCCCUAGUGGUCGGGAGGUUUGUCAACCUGAGGACUGAGAUCAAACCUGUCGCUACGGACCAGCUACUCAGUACCUUUCUAAUGCAGGGUGAGACACACACACACACACACACACACACUAGAGGGCUCUUUUCAGUCCCACCCAUAAUGUUUUCUUAUAGACGUACCACUCCAUAUAAAGUUGAUAAGAUAAUGUUGCGUGUCUGUGUUCAAGCUGCAGUGGGCUGGAUCUCUCUCUAAAUGGAAAUGGUUAACCUUGUUCUCUUCCUUUCUUUGUCUCUCGCCCUUCCUCUCUCUCCAGGUAAUAAUAGUUGUUUCUAUGGGAAGUGUUACUACUGUAGAGAGAGUGAACCGGCAUGUGCUGAGGGAGAGAUGAUGGAGGGAUCGGUAACUCUCUGGCUGCCAGACGUCUGGCCUCUCCAGAAACACAGACACCCCUGGGGACGCACCUACAGGGAGGGCAAACUGGCCAGGUAGGGGUGUGUGUGUGUGCUUAUAUGUUAAAGUCCUACUCCAGUCUCCUUUUCACCUCAUUUAAUACCCGGUUUACUUAACAAAAAAUCUCAAUAGGUGGUCCAGGUAUCCUCAUGACAUGGCACAAGUGUGUGUGGGGGGGGGGGGUUCCUCUUUUUGUUCUCUGUUGCUCCUCUAUUGUUCCUCAAGCAGGGGGGUAGGUCAAUGACAUCAUAUCAGACCAUCAGACCAACUCCUUGAAUGCCCUAUUCCUUGAAGUUUUGCUCAGAACAUAUUUUUUUACCUUAAAAGAGAAGUUAUGUUUUUUACAACUACUGUAAAUCUCAAUUCUUUAUGUAGAUCCCAUGUUAUAGAAGGGUCCAGACACCUUUUUUGUGAUUUCAGUUGUUUUUGAGAAACUCACCCCAAACAGAAAAUGACUUCCUCAUCGUCGUUGUGUAGUAUGGGGGUCCUGAAAAAAAACAAAUAAAGGGAAUAUAACGUUGCGGAUAAAGUUCGGAAUGACACAAUUUCAUGUGUACAACAUCUAAAGACCUGCAUCACUAUACUGAGAUUUGGUGUUUUUGGAGCCUUAAUUCAUGUUUUUUCAGGCCCCCCAUACUACACAACGACGAUGAGGAAGUCAUUUUCUGUUUGGGGUGAGUUUCUCAAAAACAACUGAAAUCACAAAAAAAGGUGUCUGGACCCUUCUAUAACAAGCAAUUUACAUCCAAAAUAGAGAUUUGGUUGUAAAAAAUAACUUAUCCUUUAAGAGGGCGGCAGGUAGCCUAGCGGUUAAGAGCGUUGGGCCAGUAACUGAAAGGUUGCUGGUUCAAAUCCCAGAGUCGAUUAAAUGAAAAAUCUGCCUAUGGUACUUAACCCUAAUUGAUCCUGUAAGUUGCUAAAUGACUAAAAUGUAAAUGUUUGUUUACAUUACUGUUCUUAUACUUGGGAUAUCUCUUUUCAAAAGGAAAGGUUUUUAAAAAAUGCUUUAACUGUGUGUAGAUGGGAGUAUGAUGAGAGCUACUGUGAUGCAGUGAAGAAGAUGCCUCCGUACGACGCCGGUCCCAGACUGCUGGACGUCAUAGACACGGCCAUCUUUGAUUACCUCAUCGGCAACGCCGACCGACAUCACUACGAGAGUUUCCAAGACGAUGGAGGAGCCAGCAUGCUCAUCCUGCUGGAUAACGCCAAGAGGUGAACACAAGCACAUCAGCUAAGUGUGUCCUAGGGCAGUGUUUCCCAACCCUGGUCCUCCAGUAGCCCCAGCAGUACACAUUUUCAUUGUAAUCCUGGACAAACACGCCUUAUUCAGCUCCUAGAGGGCUUGAUGAUUAGAUGACAAGUUGAAUCAGGUGUGCUUGUCCAGGGUUACAAUAAAAAUGUGUACUGUUGGGGGAACUCGAGGACCAGGGUUGGGAAACACGGUCCUAGAAUGUGUGUGUUAUGAAAGUGUGUGAGGGUUUAACUUGUCUUCAGAUGCAUUACUAUGGUGUUUUGUUGUUUGCAGUUUUGGGAAUGCAGCUCUGGAUGAAAGAAGCAUUCUGGCCCCUCUAUAUCAGUGUUGCAUGUGAGUAGACACACACACUGAAAAUACCAACAUUUCCUCAUGGGAAUCACAACCCAUUUCUAGUGUUUAUGAACAGUUGUUUUCUCUUUCUCUCCCUCCAUUCCUCCCUCCAUUCCUCCCUCCCUCUGUCAGGGUGCGUGUGUCUACGUGGAACAGGUUGAACCUGCUGAGGGCAGGGGCUCUGAGUUCAGCCCUGAGACAGGCCCUGACCUUUGACCCCAUUAACCCCGUCCUGACCGAGCCCCACCUGGCUGCCCUGGACAGACGGCUGUCUGGUGUCAUAGCAACCAUCCAGCAGUGUGUGGAGUCGCUGGGCCCCGACAACACACUGAUAGAGGACCGCAUGAUCCUGCCACACACCUAGAGAAGGACAGGAGAGAGGGAGGAGGGA